AUGGCCGACGAGCAGAAACCCGUCGCACAAGCGUCCUUGAUCCCCACCGAGCAGUUGAUUACGCCGUGGGAUGUCAAUGGAGCCGUGGUAGACGGUAAGGAGCAAGCCGUCGACUACGAUAAGUUGAUCGAGCAAUUUGGCACGAAGCGAAUUGAUGCCGAAUUGCUUGUGAGGUUCGAGGCUGUUACGGGACAUAAACCUCAUCGAUUCCUUCGUCGCGGAAUCUUCUUCUCGCAUCGUGAUUUGAAGAAUAUCUUGGACCGCAAGGAGGCUGGAAAGCCUUUCUUUCUGUAUACUGGCCGUGGACCGAGUAGUGCGUCGAUGCACUUGGGACACAUGAUUCCUUUCAUGUUUUGCAAAUGGUUGCAGGAUGUCUUUGAUGUUCCUCUCGUUAUCCAGCUUACCGACGACGAGAAAUUCCUGUUCAAGCCUUCGCUUACGUUGGAGCAAGCCCACAAGUUCGCGUUUGAUAAUGCGAAGGAUAUCAUCGCCGUCGGCUUCGACCCCAGAAAGACGUUUAUUUUCUCGAAUUUGGAUUAUGUUGGUGGAGCCUUCUACCACAACGUCGUCAGAAUCGCGCGUUCGAUCACGAUGAACCAGUCAAAAGCAACAUUCGGAUUCAACGACUCCGACAACAUCGGAAAAUUGCACUUCGUCUCCAUCCAAGCCGCACCAUCCUUCUCCAACUCUUUCCCCCAGAUUUUCGGUGGGAAGAAGGAUAUUCCUUGUCUCAUCCCCUGUGCAAUCGAUCAAGACCCGUACUUCCGUCUUACGCGUGAUGUCGCAGUCAAGCUUAAGUACCCCAAACCCGCGCUCCUCCAUGCAAAAUUCUUCCCGGCCCUCCAGGGCUCACAAACAAAGAUGUCCGCCUCCGUCGACACCUCCGCGAUCUUCAUGUCCGACACUGACGCGCAAAUCAAAAACAAAAUCAACAAGUACGCUUUCUCGGGUGGGCAGACGACACUUGAGGAACAGCGUCGUUUGGGCGGAAACCCGGAUGUUGAUGUUUCGUUUCAGUAUUUGUCGUUUUUCUUUGAUGAUGAUGAAGAGUUGGAGCGUAUUCGGGUUGCGUAUCGGGGUGGGGAGUUGAUGACGGGUGAGCUGAAAAAGAUGUGUAUUGAGUGUUUGCAGGGGAUGGUUGGUGAGUUUAGGGAGAAGAAGAAGGCUGUUACGGAUGAUUUGGUCAAGACUUUUAUGGAUGGGACGAGGCCUUUGGAGUGGGGUAAUAAGCAGUAA